AAUUUUUUUUUUUUCAAAUAUUAAUCAAUAAAAAAAUUACACACAAACACAGAAAAAAAAGAAAAGAAAAUUGCGAAUAAUAUUCAGUCAUAGUUAUAAAAUAUCAUAGAUAAGUAAAUAAGAAUUUUUUCCUAAACACCUUCAUCGUUGAGUGUAUUUGUUGCAAACAAAAAAAAAUAAAAAUAAAAAAUAAAAAAUACGUCAUACCUGAGAGGCAACUAAAAAUGUUUAAGUCACGUUUUUAUUUUGCAUUAUUGUUGUGUUGCUUGACAACACCCUCCCAUCUGUUACGCAUACCCGAGGAUCUUGAAACUAAUUCUUUGAAAGCUUUACAAUUGGAGAGAGCGCGCUCGUUAGCCUUAUGUGAUGAUAAGAGCGCUUCGAAUGAUACCGCCAAUCAAUAUGAUGUAUGCCCGCCAAGUAAAUACCGUUUGCCUACAGCCGAAUGCAAUAAUGUGUCGCAUAGGAAGUGGGGCGCCCGCGGUGAUAUGUUUCUACGCUUACUAAUACCGGAUUAUGCGGACAAUGUCAGUCAACCACGUUCUUCCCACAGCACACAUGCCCUGCCCGAUGCUGAAUACAUAAUCGAUCAAUUACAAAGGCAUUUUGAUGCUGAAACGCGUCAUCCACACAUAACAGCCAUGUUGCCAGCUUGGGGGCAACUUCUCGCAAAUGAUCUCUAUGAGGUUGCUCAACUACCUAUGAAGGGCAAAUGCUGCGCCGAUACCCGAUCACGCAACCCACAAAAAAUGGAACAAUGUUAUGUACGAAUGGGUAACGAAUGUAAAGAAUAUCGCCGUUCAGCGCCGACUUAUGACGACGAAAUAUGUAGUAAAAAUAAGCGGGAACAAAUGAAUAUUGCUUCGGCCUAUAUAGACGCCGGUGGUUUAUAUGGUUCCACUACGCAUGAUUUUCAAGAUAUCCGCACUUUCAUUAGUGGUGGAGUUAAAGUUGGAUCAUGCCGUUAUUGUCAAAUGUCUGGUGCCACAGGAGCUUUGCAUCGCGCUUUACUGCAAAAUCAUAAUAAAAUUGCUGAACAAUUGGCUCAUAUGAAUAAUGAAUGGUCUGAAGAGGACAUUUUCUUAGAAGCCCGACGCAUCGUCAUUGCCCAAAUACAGCACAUUACGUAUAGUGAAUUUUUACCUUUGGUCUUGGGUCAAGAAAAUACUGCUAAAGAAGGUUUAAGACUUACUGCCGAGAAACACGCAACCAAUUACUCGAGUACAAAUCAUGGCGGUAUUUACAAUGAAUUCGCCUUCAGUGCUAUGCCAGCUUUUUUAACUAUGUAUCCACCAGAAAUGCUUUCCAGUUCUAUGUCAGCGUCGCAAUUGUUGUCUGUAGCCGCCUUACAAAAAUCUUUAAUACCUUCAACAACUAACGAAGAAGGUUGGACUGAUUUAGCUUUAGCUUUACAUCGUGGUCGAGAUCAUGGCAUACCGUCUUAUGUGGAAGCUUUGGAUAUGUGUGAGCAACCUUUUGCCCUCAAUGCUAAUAUAUCUUUUGAUAAUUUGGCAAAAUAUUCCAACAUCCCCGAAGAACAUAUAACCGUGUUAAGGGACAUCUACCAAACUGCGGCAGAUAUUGAUUUAUUAACCGGUUCUUUACUGGAAGAUCCCGCUGUCGGUGCUUUAUUUGGUCCUACCGUCACAUGUUUGCUGUCUUUACAAUUUGAACAUUUAAAAAGAACCGAUCGCUUUUGGUACGAAAAUGAUAUUCCGCCUUCAUCUUUCGAUUUGGAUCAAUUAAAGGCGAUAAGACAGACUUCUCUGGCCGGUUUGUUAUGCGUUUCACAUCAAGUCAAAGAGGCUCAGUCAAAAGCAUUUAUCAGAAAGGACAAUUUCUUGAAUUCAGUUUUAAAUUGUGAUCAGAUACCAGAGUUUGAUUUAAAAGCAUGGCAGUCCCAUGCAGAAGAUACUUCACCCAUAGAACAUACGGAAGUCGAGCCAGAAGUUAAAGAAGUGAUAAGUGAAUUAAAUGGUGAUUUAUUGGAAGCAGCUAUUGAACGCGCUAAAUAUGAGAUGGAAGAACGUAAACGUUUUGAAUAUGAAUCCUGGUUGGCACAGGGCGGCAUAAGUGCUAAGUCUCCAGACGGAGUGGCGGCUUCGUUUAGCAAGGCCAACCGUAAUGCGUUAUCAUUGGCGAAUUCGUCUUUAAUGUAUGAGUUGGCCUCUAAUGAAAUCCUAAAUACUUUAUCAUCAAUAAACCGGCGUAAACGUCAAGUGAUCGAUGGCAAUUUGAAUACAUUCACUCGUAAUGAAUUAACUGAAAGUUUACAAGCCCUACAAGCCCUUGAGAUAACGGGAUUUUUACGCGCGAACCAUGGUAGACAUGGCCAUCAGUUGGAAUGUGACGAUGCUCCUGUAGCUUGUGAUACUAAAACAUCGUUCCGUACAAUUACUGGUUAUUGCAACAAUCUGCGAAAUCCGAAUUGGGGUAAAUCAUUGACGACGUUCUCACGCUUAUUACCGGCUCAGUACGAUGACGGUAUCUCUAAGCCCAAGCAAUUAUCCGUAACUGGUGCUCCAUUACCUAAUCCCAGGACGGUAUCUACUGUCAUCCAUCCCGACAUAUCCAACUUGCAUACACGUUAUUCUUUAAUGACCAUGCAGUAUGCCCAAUUCCUUGAUCAUGAUGUUACUCUAACACCCAUACACAAAGGCUUUCAUGAAUCGAUACCCAGCUGCCGGCGUUGCGAUUCUCCACAGACAGUACAUCCUGAAUGUAAUCCUUUCCCUGUGCCAGCCGGAGAUUAUUACUAUCCCGAAGUAAACGUAACCAGUGGAGAACGUUUGUGUUUUCCCUCAAUGAGAUCGUUACCAGGGCAAUUAACCUUGGGACCGCGCGAUCAAAUUAAUCAAAACACGCAUUUCUUAGAUGCGUCCAUGAUUUACGGCGAGAAUCCCUGCAUAGCUGCCAAAUUACGAGGAUUUUCAGGACGUCUUAACUCUACGAUACAUCCUAUCAGAGGCAAGGAAUUAUUACCUCAAAGUAAUUCACAUCCCGAGUGCAAGUCCCGAAACAAUCUCUGCUUUAUUGGCGGCGAUGAGCGCGCUUCCGAACAACCAGGUUUAACCGCCAUACACACAAUAUUCUUGCGCGAACACAAUCGCAUUGUUGAAGGCUUGCGAGGUGUAAAUCCUCACUGGAAUGGCGAUCAAUUGUAUAACCAUGCCCGCCGUAUUGUUGGAGCUCAAAUGCAGCAUGUAACCUACAAUGAGUUUUUACCGCGCAUACUAAGUUGGAAUGCGGUUAAUCUAUACGGAUUGAAAUUGCUACCUCAAGGCUAUUACAAAGACUACAAUCCAUCCUGCUCGCCAAUAGUAUUUAACGAAUUUGCCACAGCAGCUUUUCGUAUUGGCCAUUCCUUGCUAAGACCUCAUAUCCCUCGAUUAAGCCCACAGCAUCAACCAGUAGACCCUCCAAUAUUGCUACGAGAUGGCUUUUUCAAAAUGGAUAUUUUACUCCAGCCGGGUAUUAUUGAUGAAAUUAUGCGUGGAUUAGUGGCUACACCCAUGGAAACUUUGGAUCAAUUUAUUACCGGUGAAGUGACAAAUCAUUUAUUUGAAGACCGAAAAAUACCUUUUUCAGGAGUGGACUUAAUAGCUUUGAAUAUUCAAAGAGGACGUGAUCACGGUUUGCCUUCUUAUAAUAAUUAUAGGGCUUUAUGUAAUUUGAAACGUGCCUCAAAUUGGAACGAUUUGAGUCGUGAAAUACCUAGUGAGGUGAUAAAUCGCUUUAAGAAAAUCUAUUCUACCGUAGAUGAUAUUGACCUCUUCCCUGGUGCCAUGACCGAGAGGCCGCUGCAAGGUGGCUUAGUAGGUCCCACUUUGGCCUGUAUAAUAGGAAUACAAUUCCGCCAAUUAAGAAAAUGUGAUAGAUUUUGGUACGAAAAUCAUAGUGCUGAAGGGAAAUUUACUGAAGCUCAGCUGGCUGAAAUACGUAAAACCACUUUAGGUAAAAUAACAUGCGAAAAUUUGGAAAUACCCGGUGAUAUGCAAAGGGCUGCCUUCGAUUUACCCAGUAAUUUCUUGAAUCCCCGUGUGCCUUGCCAUUCGAUGCCUCAGAUCGAUUUAAGUGCUUGGCGUGAAAAUGUUCAAGGUUGCCAGAUAGGUAAUCGUCAUGUGAGAGUAGGAGAAUCGGCUUUACCGUCACCGUGCACCAGUUGUGUUUGCUCUAGCGAAGGGACGCAAUGCGCAUCAUUGCGUAUAACCGAUUGCGGUCAACUGAUAAGACAAUGGCCGAAAGAGGCGAUUUUACGGGAUGAAGUAUGUAAUUCACAGUGUGGCAUUUACUUAAGUGGUAGUCAGGGAGGUGGUGGAGGUUUCAAUGGCCAAUCUAGGCAAAGGCAGAUAACACCACCUGCGCGUGUACAAAGAUCUCGGCCACAAAAUCUAUUUAAAUUUCCUGAUCUAACACCUUUUAUAGCAGCGCUGUAAGAGCUUUAAAAAGAAAAGAAAAAAAAAA